UAUCAAAGUUCGAUGCGACGAUCCAGCGAAGCUAUGCCAAAAUCGGCCUGAUCAAGGCCUGUGUCAACCCGAACAAACGCCAAAGCCAUUCCCAUUUGCAUAUUCAACGAACUCUGACCCAGAUAGCUCCUGCACUCGGACGAUCAAUUUCUGCCAGGGCUUCUUUGAUCGCAGAAGUCUGGCAGAUGCAAUCUCAUACGGCAAGACUUUCAGCCUAUGAUAACAGAGCACAAACACUUUUGCAUGAGCUAUUCUAUUUAGAUCUGGCCCCAGACUUUCCAAAGCCUAAUCCUCGUGUCGUCGAUCUCGUGGUUAACAUCAACUUGGGUUCUAAAAAGAUUCGGACUGACGCAUCCGGCCCGUGUAUCACUAUAGUCUUAGCUCGCUGGCAACAUGGAGGGAACCGAGGCUCUGUCAGAUACUGGGUUCAGCGAAACUCCGGCAAUCUGGCAUAUUACGCAUUGGCUAAGUACGUGAUGUUCCUCGCCUACCCACUGUGGCACAAGAACUCGCCCGGGCCGCAUUUCCGAGACCAGACCUGGGUUUACUCGCCACGUUCGUUGUAGACGGCAGCGAGCUUUAUUUGAGUAUUACCGACGAUCUUACGGCUUGGAAUUCUUCCGUUGGUGAACACUAUCCAGGUUGCAGUGACAAUCUAAACGAGAGCGAA